AUGGCAGAUGAAGACAUGUGGCGACCGCCCGUGAAUCGGCUGAUGCGGACUUUGGAUCGAUCAUUCUUCCAACGGAAAAUUGAUCUCAAGGCUGCGAGAGUUUUCGACAACAAAAACAUUUCCAGAAUCCGAACCGCUUUGGAACGGAGCAAAGAUGCUCUUUCGAGAGAUCGACUUGGCAGUGUACACCCCGAUCCGGACGCUGAACUCGCCGCAGGUGGAAGAAGAUGUAUACUCUUGAGGCCCGAAGUCAACAGAUCAGAUGCAUCGACAGCCCCAUGGCCGCAUUCAACCACCGUGACAGAACUCGUCGACCAAGAGCUCAUCGCGGUAGUACCGUACCGACUACAACUCGAUUACGACUACUGGACCUAUCACGACAUAAUAUCUGCCAUACUACCUGAAGAUGAACAGGGUGAGAUUCCCUCCGGAUUUUCGCAGGUCGGCCACGUUGCACAUCUCAACAUUCGAGACGAAUACCUGAAAUACAAGCAUCUCAUCGCAGAGAUUCUCAUGGACAAGAAUCCUGGCGUCAAGACAGUCAUCAACAAGAUUGACGAUGUAGGCGAGGAGAGCGAAUUCAGAACAUUCAAGUACGAAGUGCUGGCGGGUCCUGAUGAUCUCAAUGUCAUGAUAUCCGAAGAGAGCUGCACAUUCAAGUUCGACUACAGUAAGGUGUACUGGAACAGCAGACUUAACACUGAGCAUCGUCGACUAGUUGGUAUUUUCCGGGAAGGCGAAGCUGUAUGCGACCUCAUGGCCGGAAUUGGACCCUUCGCCGUGCCGGCUGGCAAAAAGAAGAUCUUCGUCUGGGCGAACGACUUGAAUCCCGACAGCUACAUUAGCCUCCAGGAUGCCAUCAAGCGGAACAAAGUCCAUGACUACGUGCAGCCUUUCAACGAAGACGGUCGGACGUUUGUCCACUCUGCGGUCGCAGCACUGGCCAAAGAGGACCGGUCAGUAGGGAUCACGAAAAAAGUCUCCCGAAAAGACAUGACUGCGAAACCCGAAGUCGUGCAAACGAUCAAACAACCCCGAACCUUUGACCACUUUGUCAUGAAUCUUCCCGCAUCCGCAAUCACAUUCCUUCCCAGCUUCAUCGGCAUGUACUCUCCUUCUGUGCGGGAGACGCUCGGCGAUGAGAUUAAGAUGCCGCUCAUUCACGUGUACUGCUUUAGCACAAAGAGUGACGACAACGCAGAAGAGGGCGUCAAGAUCUGCGAGGAGAUCUCGAGACAGUUGCAGCAUGAAGUAAAGCCGGGGAAGAUCGCGGACGGCGGUGUGGAGAUUUACGAUGUGAGGGACGUGGCGCCGAAGAAGAGGAUGUUUUGUGCGAGCUUCAGGUUGCCGGAGGAGGUUGCCUAUCGGACUUUGUCAGAGUGA